AUGCAGACUCCAAUACAUGCUAAUCAAGUAUUUGCUCUACUUUGUCGAAAUUAUCGCGUUUCGAGAAAUACUCGUGCUCUAUGGCAGUUUCAACAAAUAGCUGCUUCAUCGUUGAACCAAGUUCGAAUACCAACAACGGAAGAAAUUAAACAAUCUUCCGACGAAAUUGUUCUUCUUUCCGCAGUUGAUCAUAAUAAUGUACCAAUACCAGCAUCAUCCACGAUUCUCUGCACCAGUUCAACACGGUUUUCUUAUUUUACUACACGUUAUAAAUUUGCUUUUAUUCUCGAUAUGACUGAUUCAUGCGCAUCGGUUUCUAUCGAUGGUGGACAUGUCUAUCUUGAAUCACUGACAAAUUGUUUAUGUGUACUUUUGUAUUCACUUGCUCAAACAUUUACAUUACCCGGUUGUGAACUGAAGUUCCAGCCUGAAAUCGAUAUUUCAGUGUAUGUCUACUUUCCAUUGCAUCGAACACCGAACCACCAAGUACUUAUUCACGGCUAUCGAUUGAAUUGGUCAACGCUGGAAAAUGUUUGUCGUGAUAUAACAAAUAAUUUAAAAUCGGCUACUGAUAUUCUGCAGAAAGCGAUGAGUAACGGCCCACCACUGAAUACUCAUUCUAUCUCAUCAACAAUGGACUCAGAUGACAACAUCAAUGCUCAUCUCAAUUCCGUUUAUUUAAAUAGUGAAUCCUCGUGUGCUAUUAUCAAUAUGUUAAGUUAUGGUAUUACUGCGUUACAGCUAACGCCAGAGGAAUCAACUGCAGCAUUGGUAAUCAUCACAGAUGGUAUUCUCGAUGUUCCCAAUAUCACCGCAUUUGAAACAGUGAUGCGACAAAUACGUGCGCGGAUUAUCAGCUGUUCAUUUGUACAAAUUGGUUCAAACAAUCAGCGACAACAAACCAUAAAUAGCAAAGUACUGAAACCGCCAACAUCGAGUUUAGGACAUGUUCCAAACGAAGAAUUAUUGAAAUUUAUCAGCUUAUCCACGUUUGGUUCGUUUAUACAUUUUGAUGUUGAUCAUAUCAGUAAUGGAUCAACAUUAUUGUUGCGUUUAUUUUCAAAGAAAAUCGAGAUAUCAUAUGCCUGCAAACGACUGCACGAAUUUCAAAAUGAAUUAUUAUCAUGGGGUUUUCAUAAAGCAAUUAGUGAGUCAUCGAUUUCAUCGUCGAAACGUGUGUCAAGCGGAUCAUUCAGUGUCGACGAUGAAAACAGUCGAAAUCUGAAAUUGCAUGCUAUUAGUUUACCCAUAUCAUGUAAAUUAGUUAAUCAAUCAGUACUUCAGACAUCACUGGAAAAUGUACUCUCAUUACGAUUACGUGAAGGUUAUACUGUCCGACACGUUCAAAUUAAAAAAGAUGAAAUUGAAGUGCAUUUAAUAUUACCUUGGCGAUAUGACAUACAAAUCUAUUAUACAGCUCGGUCCGUUUGGCCAUUAACAAAGAGUAUUCGAACGGACAUUCGUGUUUAUAAAGAAGCACCGGUUUAUUUCCUUCAAGAAUCUAAUCAAUUAACGUAUAGUCAAACAUCAAAAGCGAUCAAUAUGACUCGUAAUAACCUUGUCCGACGAUAUAACGAUGUCAUACAAACUGUUUCCAUAACUGACCGACAUUUAACACUGAUCAAUACAUUCGCUCAAAACUCAUCGUAUUAUAAAGUACCAGAAACGAUCAAACGUGGAAAACCGAUGUUUUUCGUCACAGUGAAUAAUUCUCAGCAGACAGUAUUGAAUGUUAAAGAUGAAAGUCUUCAAGAAUUUUUCGAUUUCUGGCGACCAAUUGUCAUUCUGGAUGGAUCAUUAUGGCAACGUUUUAUGUAUACACAUAAUCUAACCAUCAUUCUAGUCAAUGAUCCACUUUCAAACUCUUUAUUCAAUAUGCAUCAUCAUCUAUCACAAUCACAUACCCAACAGUAUUCGAGUGUUUCAUGUCGUAUCGCCAAGACUGAUUUCGAAGCAUUUCUGGCCGAAUACUUUUCCUUUGUUCUCUUGGAUGGUCAAUCGUAUAUUAAAUUUUUGACACACGAAAACAAUGAUAAUGCUCCGUAUAGUUUUAUGCUACUCCGCAUUAUGGGACAACCACCAUUACUCUAUUUAAAAUUUGCAUUUCAAUCGAAUGCCAGUACAGUCGAACGACAUAAUAUCAUGGAAGAUUUUCGAAGUAACCUUGUUCGCCUUCGUCCACGCUCACGUACGAAAUUGGGUAAUGUAAAUGAGGGUAAUCGUAAGCAGCAAACAUCAACACCAGUGUCAUCGGUGACUCAACGAACGAGUUCAUCCGCAUCGAUACCAGUCUCAACGAUUAGUCAGCGAACAAGUUCAAUUACAUCAUCAGCUCUCACUCUAUCACGAUCAACAAUGACGCCAACGUUAACAUCGUGUUGUGUUGCAUUAAAUAAGAAUAUUGAACGAUUGAUACUUAAACCAGAUCCAUUUCCAUAUGAUUUGCUUGGUAUACCAAAGCAUGAUGAUGAUGAUAUGCAACAGAAAAAUCGCUUGGAAUUGGACUCUAAACGACAAGCGCUAUCGAAAUUCUUCUAUAUACGUACAUUUAUUCGUUCAUUUGAUAGUCUUAAACAUCUAUCGAAUGUUCCGAAACGAAUUCCGGAUAUUAUUCUCGAUACUUUCAUCAGACGACGACUACAAGAAGGUUUUCAUUUUGCCACUUCACACAAUAAUAUACAUAACCUCGUUCUGGAAGUGAAAAUGAAUACACCAAAAGACGAAUGCACGGAAGAGACAUUUCAUUUAAAUCCUGCUGUUAACUUUUAUCCAGAUGAACGAGUACAAACUUGUCUUGUACAAUACCGAAUCUAUCCUGUUGAAUAUGGUCGUGCAUCUGAUGUAAGUCCAACACGGGAAAUUCGUGCUAUGUCUCUGCGACGCUCUUCAAGCAUCUACUGUGAUCAGCCAACAUCGUACUAUUUUCUUACACAAUGUUGGGUCGAACCUCAAGAUGGUGUUGUGGAAGCUGAUUGUCCUGAACUUGAAUUUCUCAAUCGAUGUACUUAUAAAGAAAUAGUCGAUAAGAUUCAUGUAUCUAUAUAUCUAGUAGGUAAGCUGCUCUUCUUUAGCUCGCAUAUCAAUGGCUUCAGCAUCAACGAAGUCGAUCGCGAAUGCUUUAAUACACUUGUCUCAUUCUAUUUCGUUAAAUAUUUACAAGAACGAAAUGCAAUUUCAACAGGUUCUACAUCACGUCCAUUGAAAAUACUCUCGUCGGAUACAGUUUCAACAUCUUCGAAUCACGAGACUAUUCUUAUACCCUAUAACCAAGAUACGAUUAGUCUCAUCCGACGUUCACAUCAAACUCACUUUGCCUUUUCUGCUUUCAUCGAUGAUUACGACAAAAUCGAACGUGAUUACACGUGUAAGAACAGUUCAUUACCAACAAAAAGCCUCAAUUCAACGUUACUUAGCGUACUCUAUGAUCGUCUUUGUUCGAAAAAUUAUGAAAAUAAAAGACAUCUAUUUGCUGAUACCAUGGAGAACCAUAACGCAUUUACUAGUACAUUACUCCACCGGUCGACAAAUUCAAAACUCCAACGCUUACCUAUCGGCUUACGAAGUCUCAAAUCAAGCCCAUAUUUACUCUAUUUACUCAAUUACAAUCAACAACAGAACGCCAACAAACCAUUAACAAAUUUGGAGCAGUAUUUGAUCGAAAUGUUAUUUCCACGUUGGAACUUUCUUGUUUCCACUGAUGGAGAUGAACAUGUCUACAUGAUAUUACUGCCAAAAACUGAACGUGACCUACUCUUGCUAAAUAUCGAUUUGAACGCAUUAAUGCACGACCUUAUUGGACAAUAUACGAUGGAAAAUACUGAUAAUGGAUUGCCAGUUUAUGAUGAUAGCCGAUAUAUGGUCAAGGUUAUAAUCGAUGAAAUUGAAGCAUCGGUUGGUCACGAAUCAACAUGUGUAUCACCAACAACUGAACAAUCAGAUCAGAAAGUCCACAAAGACCAAAUGGCUAAAUAUGCAGGGCGACGUCGUCAACGUCGUGAUACAUUUACUUCAGCAGAUUUGUUAACACCGCAUACUUUACAUGCACCAUUUGCUCACAGUAGAAAUUCAACGUCAUCGCCAAUUCCUAUUGUUCAUUCGGUCGCUCAACAUUUACCACAUUCAUCAUCUCAUCCCAAUACUAUUGGUUGCCGUCGAAUGUAUUCACCAUUAACUGUCGAUACAAACAAUGUCUUGCAUGUGGAAGCAUCUCCUCGUCGAUAUUCGGCGUCGGCUGCCCUUUCACCGCCGAAUCAUCAUUACAGUAUUCACCCUCCACCGAUAGUGAACGUUAUUCAUGCAUUUCCACAACAAGAUUUUUCACAGGAAUCUAACAAAAGAUCAAGCGAUCAACAGUGGCAUAUUCCGAUAUUUCUCUACGGUUGCAAUAAAGGACGCUUAGCAGCAUCGUUACUUCUGUCGAACGAACAACAGUGGGCAACGCUGGAAACUGAUGCUUAUCAUGAUUGCACAAUCGAUGACAGUGAUUCAACGAACGAUGCAAAAACUGUAAUCACGACGACAACAUCACAAAAUACGAAAUUGCGAAAACGAGACAAUUCUCGCCGAUACGAUGAGGAUAACCCAUUUCCUGAUGAUAAACAAGUCGAAAAUAUGCGUGAAUCCCUUGAUUAUGCGUUCGCAACUGCAUUUUACAAAAAUUGCCUACUGGACCUAACUACACAUCGUAAUGACAUCGAUCAUGCACUGAAUGCGAUCUAUUUUGAUCAUUGUGAAGAUAUUGAUUUAACUUCCUUCCUUAAAGCAAUGUGUUCACAUUUAUCCGAUGAUGAAUUACAAUCGGAAGAAUCUGGCGUGAUUUGCACUCCAACUUCACGAAAUAUUCACACUUAUUUACAUGAGAAAUUCCUUCACAUAAUCAAUAAAUUUUUUCGUCGUGUUUCAUCAGAUUCGGAUUAUUUUUAUUUCCGAUCGAACAAAGACUCCGACGGACCAAGUCGAAAUUCUGUUGAGAUCGAUCGUUUGACAGACAACAAUGACGUUUUACCAACAUCGGGUCCGUACAAGUUCGAUGAUACCAAUGGAAUGGAUCAUGAGAGUAGCAGUGAUACCAAUAACGACGAUGACGAUGAAAGUAAUCGAACAGUUUAUAUCCAUGAGAACAAUGAUGAUGAAGAAUAUGAAUUGCAAUUGGCAAACACACGCCGUCGAUCGGAUGAAUCCUCAAGUUCGAUAUCGAAUCGUUCAAGAGAUUUAUCGGCUCGAGAAAUUUUCCCCUUAUUCAUCUGUUUCGAUUGCCGACUGGUAAUGAAAGACUAUGAUUAUAAUAAACAAGUGAAAACAAUUCCACUUUGCAUAAAUGAAAUGAUAGUCAAACCAUCAGAAACGACAAUCGAUCAUACUAGUUUGCGCGUUUCGUUUGGUUUGAUGUGUUUAACAUUUGGCCGCGAAGAUGUGGAUACACCAAGCGCUAAUAUCAAUGGUAUGGCGACUAACACUCCAACGUUCAACCAUCCGCUUCUCUCGGGACGACGAUAUCAAGAAUUAAAUUCGAUUGAUGCUGUGGAAAAUGCAAGCACAUGCACAGGAACUACGAUGGGCGGAGAAUUGAAUAAAAAUCCGUUGGAUAAACUUCGACUAUCUGAUGCACAACGGCGAGCAAUAAUAUUAUGUCGUCGCGAGAUUGAAUGGCUCCUACGUGAUGAGCAGCUUUCGACAUAUUUCACUCGCCGAUCGUUGGAUAGGAAUUUAAUCGAGCAAGUUAUUGGACAUGUUCAAGCAUCUUCGAACAUUCAAGCAUCAAAGUGUUUAUGUCGGUCAAUCGAUCUUAAAUUUGUUCUUGGCAUUGAUAAGUCAUUGAAACCAUUUCUUGAGGAACUACGAACUGUUCGUAUUCAAGAUAAAUAUGUUUUAACGGAAUGUGGAAAUUAUUAUGUUUUACUUGAACCAAUGUACCAAGACUCGGAAGAAGCACAACGACGACGGAUCUCCGCGUUGUCAACAAAUUCAAGCGAUGAUCAGUCGUCACUAGCAAUGGAAGAUAGUUUACCUUCUGAUUGUUCGAUAGCUGAUGAUGACGAAAUGGAAAAACCAUCGACGGAUGAUAAAUUGGAUGAUUAUGUCAAACCGUCGUUUUGGCUUUUCAUUGAACGGAAGAAAAAGACUUCGGGACAAGUUGAUCUGCUUGAAGUGAAAUUUUAUCUCUAUUGCGGUUCAUCAUCCGAUACUAUGCAACAUUCGGAAGAGUCGAAGAAGAUUCUAGAUGAGCUAAUCAAUGAAUUCAAACAGUUAUGUCGCACAACCAAUCAAAAAUUGUUAAUGAGUAAUCUAUCGGCAACUCGGCUGUGCAAUUCGUUAUUGGUGCCGCCUGGUGAAAACGAUGAUUUGAGUUUAGAGGCAGAUGCGCCUAUUCUAGCUGCAAACUUGAACACUCCACAAGGCGAAUAUGCUUGCGAUGAAUUAUGGACACAUUCAUUUCCUUUACAUUUUCGUCUGCGUCCACAUUUACAUGUACAAUCGACAUCCAAAAGCCCAAGUGGUUAUCAUUCAGGCUCACUUUUACGUGAAUUGUCAACUCACUUCAGCGCCUUAGCUGUACACAAUCGAAAAAAUCUAUUCGUUUAUUGUGGGGAACGCAAUUACUAUUACAUGAGAUUUCGUGAAGAUACUCUUCCACCGUCAGGACCUAGUUUAGUGGAUGAGAAUGCAACUGCAAAUGACGGACAUCAUCCAAAUAGCGGUGAUCUGCUAUCACCUCAAAUCUAUAAUGGAAACAAUACUUUAUCAUUGAAUAGUUCCAUGAGAAAUCGUCAACGACACGAUUCGGGCACCUACUGUAUACAUGUGAUGCUCUAUGGAUUGAAAUCUUCGAUCGAUCCGAAAUUUGAAACAAUAAAGAGUAAUCUUAUCCAAUCGAUUGUUAGUCGACUGGAAGAUGAAGUAGUGAAAGAACUCGUCAAUGCUCUUUAUCAUUUCGCUAUGCCACGUUUGAAUCCUGAUGAUGUAACCUUUAUUCGACCGAUCGAUAGUGAACCAAAACAUGUGUUUGAAUAUAAAAUUUCGCCAUUGAUUAACACAAAUGCAUUCCUCUACUAUUUCCGACGUUAUGUUAAAACAAAUCAAUUUCAUCAGCCGCUAUUUCUCCCUGUUCUUGCUAAAGACUUGAAAGACAUUAUCAAAGAUUAUCGUGGACAAACAUUGAUCGUUUACAAUAAAACCUUUAAUAUUCGUAUUCCUCGACCAGGUCUGGCAUGGAUUGAACUGCAUGUGUUGAAUUCAGCGAAUCGACCAAGUCCAUUAUCAACAGAAGAUCUCACCGAUGAAUUGACUGUCGAUUCCUUGAUCGAUCUUAUUCGCGUCACUGAAAUAAGUUCUGCAACGACAAGUGAAGAUAAUACGAAUGAAAACGUCCUUCGUUGUAAUGUUUGGGCUCGUGGUGGUCAACCAGAAAUUGAACCAGUUACCAUGUCAAAUACUUUAUUACAAGCAUUCACAUAUGCUCUGGCAGAUUACGUAACAGAGUACAAACUCUUACCUAAAUUAUACAAUAGCAGCGGUCAUGUUUAUCAUCGACACGGAUCGUUGGAACCACCACCAUCACCUCGUUCAGUCAAUACUGUGAAAUUUGCCAAUGAGACAACUUUCAUUCUCGAUCGCAAUGUACCAACCGCACGUACAUUUACUGCAGAUGCAGGACCGACAACGCCAACAGUUCAAUCACGACGCCAUUCGACGAAUAGUACUGCUGGUCUAUUUAAUAUUUUUAUUAAAUCGAACAAACCCAUGGGUUCCUACUCACCCGUUAAACUUCAGCGUCAAGAAUCAAUUCAAAGCUCAAUACUAAGUCAUUCGUCUAUGGAUGAACCACAAGCAUUGUCAGUUCAACACGCACAGUGUCUAACAUCUUGGUUUCAACAUUUAACCACAGAACAUCCAAAACUUCCAUCAUUAACAAGUUCUUCGCAUACAUUAUCAAAUCGAAUGCUGCUAGUUGAUGUGAUUCAUAAUUUUACCUCAUGGCUCAACGAUCAAAAGUUCAUUGCAUAUAAACAUGAAUCACUACAUGGAAUGAUAUUUCGUUGUAAUCAAGAACGAACGUUAUAUUUACCGGUACCAUCAUUAGAUCAAAUGCCAACGCGUGUUCCUGGUGAAAAUCUCGAUCUCAUUGUUCUAUAUCAGAGCACGAAAACAGUCAAUGAUCUAGUUAUCGAAAGUAAUGAAUCAUCACCACAACAGGAGUCCGUCGAUGCAAUGGCACUUGCCAAUAGUUCUGAUAUUCCCAAACAAAUAUUUCUAUGUAUUAUUGCCAAUGAUAAAAAAUUAACCAUAACAUUGCACAAUGCACCGGACGAGUUAUCCAAGCUGUUGAUCAAACACUUUUCGGAAAUAAUCAGUUGGGCAAAUCGCCGUUUGCACGUUUUGAAUAUCAUUGUUACACAAAAGAUGGGCUUAUUCCGUUAUCGAUCAUUUCAUUCUGAACAGCAUUCCGAAUAUAGUCGCCAUCAUGGACAACAAGGAAUAAUGAAUAAACAUUCGAUCAAAGGAGAGGGUUAUGAACUCGAACAAGUGAUCAAAGAAACGUUACCACCGAAAGCAGGAAAUACAUCUGCAUCGUGGAGUAUUGACUUGCUUUAUUGUAAUUUAAUCGGAGCGUAUCCAUCACUGUCCAAUGAUUCUAGUCAAGAUCUAGUUCAACGACAUGGAACACAACUACUACGAUUGAGAGAAAAUAAGAAAACUCACAUGGAUCGAUGCACACAACUUGAAGAAGCCUGUUCGAAUUGGAUACUGACACCAAAAAAAAACAUUGCCGAUGACCUACUCACGCAGAUGAAACGCCGUUCUCGACUAUUAAAUAUCGCCGUGGUACCCUUACUCUUCUCUCGGCCAGCUCGACACUUUUUCCAAAAUGAUUUCACACUACGCGUCGACAAUGUCCUCUGUUUGGAUGCAUCUGUAGCAGCAACAGUUGAUGUCUCAUUGGCAACACGUCUGGCAAACAAACGAAAAUCUGUUGCCAUUCCAGUCGAUUUCGCUCUACGCCGAUGUAUACAAUCGGUUAAUGAGAAUGAUUAUCAAAUUGCUCAAAGUCAAUUGAUCCGCCAUGAUUCCAACCCUUCGAAUAUGAGUACUGAACAGCAACAUACCCAAAUAAUCGAUUCGUUCAUCGAACAAAUGUGUUCGUUCUUACAAGUAGUCUACAAAUUCUAUUUGAUCAAUACAAAACCAAAUCUGCCGAAGAUUAACCAGUCAACUGGUGUUCGAUCACCAGUAAAAUUGAAUUUUCAUCGCUCGGAUUCAAAUCGUCGCGCAACAUUACUCGUUGAAUUAUCAUCAUUGAACAAAGUCCAACUCGUUCUCCGUUUUCUUCAGUAUGAUAUCAUAAAAUUUCCUACAAACAAUCAAACGUCAGCGACAACUCAUCUGCGAUCGAUAUCCAACGAUACAUAUUGGAUUCCUGAACAAACUGAACUCGACGCAUUUGUAUAUGAUUUUCAUCUGCAAACUAUUGUUCGUUAUCAAACAAAUCCUCAGGAUGCGAACCUAUUCGCGCCAGACUUUUCAAUAAUUGCAUUUCUACAAGAUUUUAUUGAAUACUAUCCCAAUGCACCAGUCGGAUCCAAAACAGCAUUAUUUAAAACUAUUAUUCAUCAUACAAUUGAUGUGAAUAAACGAGCAGCCGAUACUUAUUUAUUCAAAUACGUACUUGAACAUGCCACAUCCUACAAUAUUCAGGUUAAACGACGAAAUUCGGACGAGUAUCUAUUUGAUUGUGAUCGCAAUGAUAUCUAUUGGAUGGCGGCGCGAGCAACUCCAUCAUCAUCGUCAGAAUUAACUGUUGUUAUGUACAUCAUCUAUACAAAUUUAAAUCCUAAACAACAGAAUCUACCCGCUGUAACAUCGUCAGCACUCAAUAAAAUCUCGAUUCCUCCACCAAGUAAUACUCGAAUAGCUAAUAGUCUGAAGAACAACUCGAAUACAAAUCAAAUGCGAGAACGUGCGUCGACGAUUUUAUUACCAUCUGUUAAAGCAAAUUUAGUUACCCCAGUUCGACCAAACGCUGUCAGCAGUGACCAAGCCAUUGCAAGCAACAUACCAGUAGAUCGAAAUGUCGAAUAUUUCAAAUCUAAAAUAACCUUGAUUUUGAACAAAGCGUCAUUGUCGCAUCGUCGUGAAAGUCUUUGGGAAAAACUAAUUGCUACGCGAUCGGAUAAUCCUCUAAGUGGACGUCAUGAAAAUGUUCCAAUUCACACUAAUGAAUUUCAAACACUAUUGGAUUCCUGUGUUGGCGAUGAAACCAUGGAAUUACCAGCAGUUAACACAUUACUACAACGAGUAUUUAGUAACAAAGAACAACUCGAUCGAUUGUAUCGAUUUCUACGUUCGCGAUAUAGUUCGCAAUUUCACAUGUUGAAUUCAGCAACUGUGACUUAUCUAGUUGUCUUUCAAUGCAAUCCGCCGCAACAGCGCGAUGCAUUUCUUGUCCUCAUCUAUCGAUCGGACCAGAAUAACUUGAAAUCAUGCUUAGUCAAACGUCAAAAUGAUGUCGACUGUACGUCGUUUAUUGAAACCUUUACUCAUCGAAUUAGUUAUUUUCUUUGGGAGUGUUUAAUCUAA